CUAUCUGAAGUCUACCGGAGGACAUGAGUGUCAUUGUGAAGAUUCCUUUGCUUGGUCAUGUGACAUCUGUGACACCUAUGGUGCAUGCAGCAAUGCUAGUACAUUCACCUGUGACUGCAUUAAUGGCAUCCCUCCGUUUGGACAGUUCUGUAAACCAAUCUCAAGUAUCAACCCAUGUCCACAACCACAACUAAAAGAAGCUUCAGUGGACACUCUUCUCACCAUGACCACAUUCAACACUGAGCCAGAGGAACUCAUUGUUCAACUAAGAAAAGCUGUGGAAAAUGUCCCUUUACCUUUCAACAUUACAAUUGAUUUAAUACUGACAAGCUUAAAUUUGACCACAGCCUGCUAUUCAGACUUUAAGGGACAAGAGCAAUGUCAGUGUGAGGAUCCAUAUCUAUGGCCAUGUGACAUCUGUGAGAUUUAUGGUACAUGCAGUAAUGCCAGUAUGCAAACCUGCGACUGCAUAAAUGGAAUUCCUCCAGAUGGCCAGUAUUGUGAAUUAAAUAUAAUCACCACAUGUCCAACAACAACAACAACAACAACAACAACAACAACAUCACCACCAACAGAAAGUAUAACUCGUACAACCCUGACAAUAGACGAGAGGUCGUUGUCGUUCACAAUGGGGAUCGAAUUUGACGAAUUAUACAACAAUAUAAAUAAUGAAGUUCACCAGAGAUGUUUAGGUUCUAUUGAAACACAAUCUGCGAUCCAUAUCCCAGGUCUACUAUCAGCGAAUCUUUCAGGCUUCAGGAAUGGUAGCACCAUUGGUGACUUUGAAAUUACUGCAAAUACUCCAAUUCAAGACCCAGCUGUUGAUGCACUUCUAGUGGCAUUAUUCAAUGACCUGAGAAACACAUUUCCUAUGGUAUUUGAGAGCCGUAGAGACUUAAUACUUCAACCAGAUGUUUUAUUUUUCGACGACACUUUGAGUGUGACAUGUGGCCCGCCACCAGAAGAGCUAGAGUUUCGUAUCACCUUGUCAGAGUGGACACGUGAUGGUGUUUUAAUAAAUGAAGACGAUCGACACAGCUUUUCACAAGUUAAUGGAGUGCCAACACUUACGAUCACAAAUUAUUUUUCCACUGACAAUGGACGCUAUCAAUGUCAGCUGUUUGAUCAGAAUUCAAGUUUCCGACAGGACUCUAAUGAAAUACUCAGUCUUUUGGAAACACCCACAAUCCAGAUGGUUCCCCUCCAAAACACUAUCUUGUGUGAUGUUGGGCAGCAAGUGUCACUAGAGUGCACUGUCCAGGACCCCUACCAGGUGGAGUUUAAAGACAUCCCAAAUGCAGAAACAGGCCCUGCAAUCCGACAUCUGAUAACAAUCACACAGGCAGACUGUGAUAACCAAGAAUUAAACAUUACUUGUCAAGUGAUUGAUUUUUUGCAAUUCAAACGGAUUCUAACAUUGGUGUUAGUGGCUGAUGGUGCAUUCACAUGUGAUGCUGAUCCAGUAUUUGGAAAUGGAUUUUUAAAUGAUACGGGUAGAGCUACUUGUGAACUAAAUGAGGUGGGAGAGAAGACUGCCAUUUGCAGGGAAAGUGGAGAAUGGGAAGAUCGAGCAGACAAUUGCACCCUCCAAAGGAUUGCGCAACUAAUCUUUGAAUCUGGGUUUUUGACUGAAGGGACGUUGUCAGAUUUCUUGGAAGAACUCAGGAUCACCACUCUUGAACUAAGUCAGCAAGUGACUGAAUCUCCUAACAAUAUUGAGGCCAUUGUUACAAUUCUCAACAAUGUAGCAACGUUUGUAACAACAUUUAAUAUCGAGAUAAGUCAGGACUCCAUGGAGGAUAUUCUUAUCACUACUGAUGUCCUUACUAGAGAUGAGGCAAGAGAAUCAUGGGACAUUCUCAACCUUGAAGCAGUCAUUGAGACCAUAGAAACAAGAAACAUCACUCCCAGAAAUGAGAGUGUCAGCUCAUUAUUGUUGUUUGGUCUUGAGGGUAUAGCGAGUAGGCUAAUCAAUGCCUCGUUUAACAUUGAAACACCUUUGAUUCUCUUGAACAAAACUACAUUCACCAACACUUUCAAUGGGGAUUUUAAUUCUACAGUGGAGAUAGACAUAGAGGAGUCUAGUGGGCCAACAAACCUCACUGUGAUAACCUUUGAAUCAUUGGAUAAUGUACUUCCCCCAAGAGAUGAAAACAACUCUACAGGCAGGGUAAUCAAUGGGAGAGUCGUACUUGUUCAGUCUGACACCACCGUGGACAAUGUCUCUUUCACAUUUGACAUUAUAAAUGAGACUCUGGGGAACCCUCAGUGUGUGUUCUGGAACUUUACUCUCUUUGAAGGUCUUGGAGGAUGGGACGAUGAAGGCUGCGAGCUAGUUGACAGAGAUGACGAAACGGUUACAUGUCAGUGUGACCACCUAACCUCCUUUUCAAUGCUAAUGUCACCCUUUGUUCCAAACAGACGUGUGUUGGAUUUCAUAACCUACAUUGGCGUCGGUAUUUCCAUGGCAUCCCUAGUUAUAUGCCUCAUUAUUGAGGCGUUUAUAUGGAAAAAAGUUAGGAAGAGCAACACAUCACACUUGCGCCAUGUUUCCAUUGUUAACAUUGCACUGUCUCUCCUGAUUGCAAACAUUUGGUUCAUUAUUGGUGCAAGUAUCUCGGAAGGUGAUCAAAGGAAUCCAGAUGCAUGCACUGCUGCUACCUUUUUCAUCUGCUGGCUAAAUUGGGAAAGGUCACGAGCGCUGCUGGCAUUUGUGAUCCCGGCACUGCUCAUUGUGUUUAUAAACAUUGUAAUCCUAAUUGUGGUGAUAGUAAAAAUACUGCAGAGUCGGGGGAUGACAAGCACUGCACAAGACGAUGAGAAGUAUGUCCUGGUGGUCAUUAUUCGGAGCUUGGCCAUCCUCACACCCUUUUUUGGAAUAACUUGGAGUCUUGGAGUUGGAAUCUUAAUUGACCCAACUAAUCUAGGAAUGCACAUAGCCUUCGCCUUCUUCAAUUCUCUGCAGGGUUUCUUCAUAUUAGUUUUUGGAACUCUCUUAGACAAAAAGGUCCGGUCAGAAAUUUCAGUUUUCAAAUCGUCUACAAGUUCUGGAAGCGGGACAAGGACGACGAGUUCUGCAAAUUCAUCAAGUGGAUGGCAGAUAUGGAAGAACUUUGGAAGAAGAGGUGGCAACAACGUGUCAUCAGAUUUAUCUUCAUCUCAGGCGAUCAAUGCUUGAUGUCUCCUGCGAACAUCUCUGCUCAGGCUGACCAAGCAACAAACUGUUUCCAGAAAGUGUGUGAAUGCGCAGAGAUAAGCUGUUACACUAAUGCUAAAGUACUUUAAUACUACUGUCCCGUUGUCUACUUAUUAUAAUUCCAUCCACGACUCUAUCAACUAAACACAUUUGACAGCAGUACUAUUGCCUUGAAACUGGUGACCUAUUUAGGAUUUACUUUGUCCCAAACAGACCCCAAACACUGUUACUUGUUUCUAAAUAUUGGACUCUAUCUGCAUGAUCGUAGGCAGGUUUACGAACAAAGAAGCAAUCGUGUGGCAAUGAUACGAUAACUUUUUUUUUUUUUUUUUUUUGCUGUCAAGUUUGCAAAGUAUCUAAGGAUUGCUAAAUUACCAAUUGCUUUAAAUCAUUAACCAAUGGUAUAGUCCUCAAAAUAUUUCUUCUGCAUUUUGGUUGGUGACGUAAUCUCACAGAAAAUAAUUGAUGAUUUUGUAUGGAUACGUGAUUGUUAGAGUUGUUAAUUUAAUAACACAUUAGACCCAAAAUAUUGUAAUUAAUUUGCGAAGGGCUUUUUCUUUUGUCUGACCUGUCCAGGCAAAGUUUUGAUUAUCCUACACAGGUCAGUGAAUUUGCAUGAAUUUACUGGAGGUGCAUUGCAACGACUGGCAUAGGAUUAUCAGUUGAAGUAAAAUUAUUAAAGAAUAAAUAUCACAGCAUGACAGGAGGCAAUUUAAAAGCAUUCACUGUUUUCAUGAUUUAUAUCAUUAAAUAAGUUUGAUACACUUGCAAGACAACGUUAUCAUAAGCUGUUUGAAGCACUUUACAAAUAUAUGUGUGAUAAAUUAUACCUUAUACUUAGUGUGUACAGUAUGUUUCCUCUAAUCAAAUGUACAAUACAACAGGUAACUCUUGACAAAAGUCACAGAGGCUCAGGAUUGUCUUACUUUUAAAAUGUUUAACGUUCUGUAAUACGCUUUACUACUUUGCGGAAUUAUUCUUUAGUCACAAAACGUUAGGGAUACUCAGCUUUGGAGUGAAAUUUCAGGAUUAACCUAAAAUGCCUUUCAACCUUUACAGGUGGACUUAAUUUGACCUUCUUUCAACAUUUGAAUGCACUGGUCAAUCACUUCAAUGUUUCACUACAUUUUGCACAUCUUUCUGUUCUUUAUCAAGGAGCUGAAUGACAAAAUUAGCAACACUCUAAGCACAAUAGCCACUGUCCUCUGAAACAUCCCGUUUGAAGCUUUGUAAUGGCGAGGUACUGUUGAUUAGGUUAAAUUUUGGUCUCUUGAAUGUAAAGAGCGAGAUGAAGAGGACUGUUUAAAUACCAAGUCUAAUUAAACCAGGAAACUAAUUGGUCAAUUCAUGGAUCAAACACUUUUUGUGUAUUUUUCUGUUCAUCUCCUUGUUAGAGAAGAGCAAGUUGUUCAAAAACUACCUGAACAUUGAACAGUUGGUCAAAAUAAGAGUAAUACGCAGUAUACAGUGCAUUUUAGACUCAACCUAAAAUUUUACCUGAAAGCCAAAUAUCCCGAACUUUUUGUGAGUAGUGUAUGUAUUUUUAGUGCAGAAGCAGUUAUAUACUGACUGUGUUAGUCAAGGACAUCAUUUGUGUAACACUAUUGUACACGUUUGUAUAUUUUUCCUGUCUUACCUGUUAGUGUUAUUUAACAUACUUCCAUUAAGGGAGUAUAUUAUACUAUGUUGCGAUACAGUAUGUUCCGUGUUCAAAUGAUUCAAUAAUUAAUUCAAGACAUCAUUAAAAACAUAGAUAAUGAAGUGUAUUUGUAAAUUAAUGUGUACGUGAUGAUUAAAAUGUUGAA